AUGUCACCCUCAACCGAUAUCCUGUUCUAUGAUCCUCGUGCCGCUCAUCCACCUGGAGUGAGCACCGCUACGGUCGAGCGAUACACGACGCAUAAACGCCGGAUCAGUAGCAGUGCUCGGUCCGUAGUUUCCCUCGGUCGGUCAGGUUUCGAUGAGCAUAACGAUGGAGCUCUGGAGCGAGAGAGAAAUAAGCAUACCACAAGUCUGUAUAUCCAGACCCCCAAGUUUACUGCUCCGGUUACGAUACCUCAGGGUAGGGUCGUCUCUGGCAUCGACGAAAAGAUGGUCGUUCCCGACUCAGUUCCUCCCGGACUACAAUCAUGCGCUUCGACGGAUAAAGAGUUCCUCUUACCGUUGUUCGACAACGGGGACCGAUCACGACAGAAAUCGCCCUUCCCUUUCUCAUCCUUAUCCUGGGCAUCGACCUUGAAGACGACCCUCAUCGGCCUGGUCUUCCUACUCGGCGUGUUACAAUUCCUCCUCAACAAUCCCCUCUACUCGACAUCAUCCACUCGAAAGCAAUCAUCCGUGUUUCAACGACAAGAACGGGAGUUUGCUAGGAUCGCUCAGAGGUGUCAUGGUCUUCCUGGGAUCACCGCUCCGACCUACCUCGACCGGCUCGAUUCGCUCCAAAAGACUUUGAACAAGCUUAAAGAGCAGGACGAAGGUCGACGUCAGAUCUGGAUGUCAGAGCCUUCCGCAACGUCGGCUUAUUUCACGUCAAUCUCCAAAUCCGAAUGGAGCCUCUCCGAACGACCUUUCCUCUUCAUGGUCGAAUCCUCUCAUGAGGGCAAUUCGGGGGCGAACCUAAAGAUCUUUACCCCGCACUUUGAGGAAGAUCGAGCGAGGAUCUUGCCCCUGUUCGGGAUCCCUGCGAAACAACCCCCUGCAGCUUGGAUGUUGGAGAGGAAACAGAGCGCGGUGGAGACCGUCGUCAAAGGCGAUUCGACGUACACUAUCGAAUACAUCGCUUGGCAGGAAGACGAAUCCCCUUAUGCCGUUCUCGCGCAGCACAUCGAGUCGUCUUCUGGGCUCAGUGAGGAGGACUUCAAGAGCGAGACUGUACAGAUCCACCUCGAUCCGGGCGUCAGGGCGUUCGUCUCGUCUGGAAUCGCACACGAGUUUGACUCUCGGAAACAUUACGGCGUCUACCUGGACGUAGCGGAUCCGAAGAUCUCGAGUCUACGAGAGAGGAAGAGCGCUGAAGAGAUCGAGUUGCUAGAAUGUGCCAAUCAUUUCACACUACAAGCUAUCAGGAGAACCCGCGAGACGAUCGAAAUUGGGAUGACCGAGACCAAGGUCGGAUCGAUCCUGCGGGAAGAGUUUGCGGCUCUGGGUAUGCCCGACGGUGAAGGAUUGGUUCUCUUCGGAGAAAACGCGGCAUUACCCCACGGAAGCGGGACGGACAGGGUUUUGACCGAUAGAGAUUUUAUCUUGAUCGAUGCUGGCGGUACCUUCAAAGGUUACGUUGCCGAUGUCACCAGGACAUUUGCCUUGAAAGACACCCGUCUUAGUUUCAAACAAAUGCAACUAUGGCAUACCGUACACUCUGCUCAAGGGGCGGCCUUGGAUGCGGCUGUCAAGCACGGAGCUACGGGACACAGUAUCGACGAGGCCGCUCGAAAGCUGAUCCGCGACCGAGGUUCCUCGGCAGAAGAGAAGAACGGGUUGACACAUCGUCUCGGUCACGGCGUCGGUCUGGAAGGUCACGAAUCGCCCUACCUAGUCGGCUCGAAUUACGACGAAGUGGUACCUGGAAACACCUUUUCGAACGAGCCUGGCAUCUACAUCGUUGGCCAAGUUGGGGUCAGGUUGGAGGACUGCUGGUACCUGCACGAAGACGCCGAAGGAAAGCGCACCGCACGCAUGUUGACAGGACCGGCUGUUAGCCCUUUGAUCUUGUAG